GUUAAAUCUCCAACAACAUAAAGAUUCAUUGUAGAAAGAAAAAUUCACCAUUUUCAAAAUUAGCUUAAAGGAGAUGGAAUCCGUCAUCAGCAACGAAGAGAAGCAGAAGCACUUGCAAGAGGAUGAUAAGGCAGCAAGAAGAAAGAGGAAGUUCACUAAUUUGAUGAUCGUUUUCAUCAUUCUAUUUUCCAUUAUAAUCGUUUCUGCCAUCUCAGUCUUUGUAGCCAUCAAGAAAGAUUUAGAUGCUGAAUCACUUUCAACUUCAGAACCAGAGGAACAAAUCAAAGUUAUAUGUGAUCUAACCCCAUACCCAACUUCAUGUUUCAAUCCCAUAUUAACCCUGCAAAGUAAAACCAUGAUCGAACCCAAAAAAACCACGCCAUCUACCAUUUUCAAGCUCUUUCUUCAGGCUUCUUUUGAUGAGCUUCACAAUGUCAUUUCAUCCAAUGAAAUGGAACUUGCAAAGGUAAAAAAUUACUUGAACUCAACAACUCUGGCUAAUGUUUUGCAAGAUUGUGACGGUUCGAUUCGGGAGUCAUCGAGACUAAUAAAUGUGUCUAUGGUCAUUUUGGGAGAUGACCCUGAUGAUGAAAUCUUUAGAGAAACAAAAACAACAAGCGAUUUGAAGGAAUUGAUGUCAAAUGCUACGGGAAACAUGUAUUUAUGUUUGAGUCGAUUUGAUGAUCAUGUUGGUUUUGAGGGAUGGAGAAUGAAGUUUGUCAAUCCAACAAAAUAUUUGGAGAACAGCUUAGUGAUUCUUGAAAAGAUGGACAGAAUUUCCGAAAUGUUUGAUCCACAUCUAUUUCAGAGUGCUGAUAAUUCUGUCUAUGCAAUUAUGUUUAGGAUCUUGUUUUUUGGCUCCCCAUUUUUGUUCUUACUUCUUCUUCUUCGUCGAAUGGUUAGACAUAGAAUGUUAUGAUAUUAUAUCAGGAUAAAAAUGCCUUGUGGAUGUUUUGAUUUCAG